CUACGCAAUAUAAAAUUAUCAGAUGUAGAGUAAUAUUAACUGAGUGUCUACGUGUCCGUCUACGUGCCAAAUUCAUAGUAGGAGAAGAUAUUUAUCUGAAAUUUCACGUUUAUGAGCAAAGGCUGGUUUGAAUUUCAGAGUAACCCAAAUGAAAAGAUAUGUUCCGCUAUUUGAAAUACAAGAAAAUAUGUCUGAUUCCCUUGCGUUGGACUAUUCUAGCCAUUCUUUUGCGAAAACAUUUCGUUACGGAAGUUUUAAUUGCAUCUUGAUUUUUAUCUCUGUUGGUCUUCUGGGCCUCGGAACUGGAUUGAUUAUUGGAUUUAUAACAUUCCCUGAAACUAUUCGUAGCUCGGAUCUUUGCACGGAUAACAAUGACCCCAAUAAAGAAUGGGUUUCGGAAACACUUUUAAAUUUCAUAAAUGCAUCAAAUAUUGAAGAAAAUUUAAAGUAUUUUGCGUCUCAGCCUCAUCUAGCCGGUACACCAGCAGAGAAAGAAAAUUCAGAAUAUAUCCGUAGAACAUGGAUCGAACAAGGGCUGGACAGCGCCAAGCUGGUUCCUUAUGACGUUUAUCUUUCAUAUCCGGACAAGGGCAACCCUAACAAAGUGUCAGUCUUGGAAAAUGGUCAAGAGAUUUUCAGCACCAGAGAGCACGAAGACAUCCUGCGGCCCGAAGAUGAUCAUCCUAACGUGGUCCCUCCAUUCAACGCGUAUUCUGCUCAGGGUACAGUAGAGGGUAACCUUGUAUAUGUGAACUAUGCUACAGCUGACGAUUUUGAAUAUUUAGAAAGACAACACCAUGAUAUCAACAUCACGGGAAAAAUAGUGAUUGCUCGAUAUGGUAGGAUAUUCAGAGGAAGUAAGGUCCAGUUUGCCGAAGCAGCAGGCGCAAUAGGAGUGAUUUUCUACUCGGAUCCCAAAGACUACGCAUCGGACGAUGCGAUGGGUGCCUACCCUAACGCUUGGUGGUUACCAGGCUCGGGAGCUCAGCGUGGAACCGUGCUUGUAGGCGAUGGUGAUCCAUUAACUUCUGGAUACCCGGCUAAAGAGUAUGCCUAUCGGUUAUCAGAUGAGAAUGCGAAUUUACCUAGAAUACCAGUACAUCCAAUUGGUUACGAAGAUGCUGAAAAACUCCUAAUGGAACUCGGUGGUGAAGAAGUUCCAGAGAAAUGGAGAGGCAGUUUAAACAUCACCUACACUUUUGGACCAACUUUCAAGAAUCCGAACAGAACAAUACGAAUGAAAGUUAUGUCUAAAAAGGAGAUUCGAACAGUGUACAACGUUGUAGGCAUGAUCAAAGGCCGUGUCGAACCAGAUCGUUACGUCAUUCUCGGUAACCAUAGAGAUGCAUGGGUUUAUGGAGCAGUAGAUCCAUCGAGUGGCACUGCAGCAUUUAUGGAGGUUACAAGAGCGUUUGGAAAGUUGCUUAAAACAGGCGGUUGGCGACCGCGACGGUCGAUCAUAUUUUGCAGCUGGGCUGCGGAAGAAUACGGUCUUAUAGGCUCUACGGAAUAUGUUGAGGACUUUCAGCGAGUGUUAGGUGAAAGAUCAGUGAUUUACAUCAACGUAGAUUCAGCAGUGACGGGUAACUAUACAAUGAGAGCGAAAGCAACCCCUUCGCUGAAGAGGGCUUUAUUCGCUGCUGCUAAGAAGGUUCCGUCUCCCGAUGAUGGCUUCUCGUCAACAUUCGAACUUUGGCUGAAAAGAUUCGAAGACACUAAUGACCCGACUGUUCCACAUAUUUUAAGUUUGGGAUCUGGAAGCGACUUUGCACCUUUUGUAUAUUCCAUCGGGGUUCCUGCAACUGACUUCCGUUGGACAUACAAUCCUCAUUUAGGUCUGUCAUCGUAUCCUGUAUAUCAUUCAGUCUACGAAACGUUUUACCUUGUCAAGACAUUCCUCGACUGGGAUUUUAAACGUCAUCAAGCGGUGGCGCGUGUUUGGACAGAGCUUGCGCGCAAUUUUGCCGACUCGAUAAUCUUACCAUUUGAUUGCAUCGAUUAUGCAAAUAAGAUACGUAGUGCUAUUAACUCCAUCAGGACUAGUUAUGAAGACAACAUGAAUGACCACGGUAUUACAUUCGAUGCCGUCAUAUCAGCUAUAAAUAACCUGACAACGGCUGCCACCACGUUUCAUGCCAAUGUCCAAGAAAUGGACGUUUCAAAUGUUCUUGCAGUCCGAAGAAUCAAUGAUCAGCUUAUGUUAUUCGAGAGGGCGUUUAUUGAUCCGUUAGGUUUACCUGGUCGGAAUCACCUAAAACAUAUAGUCUUUGCACCAAGCAGUAAAAACGUAUACGCUGGAGAUGCGUUCCCUGGACUUGUCGAUAGUCUUUAUCGCAUAGAUGAAGAUAUCAACAACCAAGAGCAACGGUGGAAUGCAGUCCGAGAACAAUUAGCCUUAACCGCUUUCAUCAUCCAGUCAUCUGCCAGUACUCUCAAAGACGUUGAUGAUUACUAGGCGACGACUUUGUCGACAAAGACCACUUAACAUCUUCUUUCUGCAGAGAUGCAUGAUUGAUGUACUGAGUGGUAUCCGAGGUUUAUCCAUGCAACGUUUGCCAAAAAUGGGCAAACAAUUUAAAAAGACUGCGAUAAUAAAUAGAGCAAUUAUGACUCAUGCUCAAUUGGUUAAACCAAGUAAGAAAUUAACCCGCUUCUCUUCAUAUCUUAUAUACCUCCUUGGAAAUAUAAUGGAUAUACACACACGCACACACACACAGAGAUAUAUAUACA